AGAAACUCGCACACGCUUCACAAGCGUAACAAACUUCCUAGGCACACAGUGGAGCUUUACAGAGGCAGCAAAACCAACCAAAUGGAUUACAAUGUCAAUGGUCGCGAACCCAAGUCUGGAAGAGUGCUUGCGAGCAUUGAUGACCGUUUAGACAGCGGUUUGGAUUCUCUUAAAGAGGACGACUACGCGGAUGUUGAGUCUGAUUUCAGGCGGAUGAAUGUGGCCUCAGACGAGCAGGACAUUCACUGCGACCCCUGGAAAACAUAUCGCACCGAGGACGGAGACACGUAUCUAAAUCUCGCCAUUAUUCACGAGGCCAAAGAUGCUGCACUAAAGAUGAUUGAUUUAUCCUAUGGUGACUCCUUCCUCAACAUUCAAAACAACCAAAGACAGACUGCCCUGCAUUUGGCUGUCAUCACUGAACAGCCUCUUAUAGUGGAACGGUUGGUGAAAUCUGGUUGUGACUCUUCACUUGUGGAUGACCGCGGUAACACUGCACUCCACAUCGCUUGCAGAAAGGGUUCUCUGGCCUGCUUCAGUCUCCUAACGCAGGGCUGCCCACAACAACUCCCAACCAUCCUUCAAACGCCAAACUAUUACGGCCAGAAAUGCAUACAUGUGGUCGCCACCCAAGGCUACUUGUCGUUAGUGGAAAACAUUAUUCAACUCGGUGCAGACAUCAACGCUCCGGAGCAAUGUAACGGGCGAACUGCUUUGCACUUAGCAGUUGAUCUACAGAAUUUGGAACUAGUUCGGCUUCUGAUCAGCAAUGGCGCCGACGUUCACAGCUUGACAUACGGUGGUCACACGCCUUAUCAUCUGACCUAUGGCCGGCCUAACACAGACAUCCAAAAAGUCCUGUCUGAGCUCACAUCGCCACACCUUAGGGAACUUCCCGAUAGUGAGUCAGAAGACAGCGAUGAAGAGUAUUACUACUCUGAUGAAGAUGUAUAUGAUGAUAUUAAAAUGGUGGGGCAUUAGGAACAUGUUGAAGGACCUUAAAUUCUCUUGAACGGAGAAUUCUCCGUUCUCUCAAACGGCCCGGGAACAUGUCCACAUUGGGGCUCGCAAGGGCACAGGGGACUCCGCUCAUUGGCAGUGCAAGUAGAAGACCAAUGUAGAAGGAGCUCAGGAAAAGAAGGCUAUUUGUGGGUCAAUUAAAAAAACUGACCACCUUAGAAAAACACUGGAGAGAGGCCAACAAGUGUACUCUUGGCUCUUUAUGAUGGACUGUAUUUUUUAGAUGAAAUUGACAGCUGCGAUUCUUGUACUGUGAUGUAAAAUAUUGUGUAUACAGAGAUUUAUUUUUAUUUAAAUGUAUAUAUGUACAUAUGUUUUGAAGUUUUCUUUUGUGAAAAGAUUCGUAACACACUUUAAAUUAAAACCUUGACA